AUGGAUUUCGCAGCUUUAGAACGUGCUGUUUAUGGUGAACAGGUUGAGGAUGACGAGGAGUUAAUGGCAGAGCUACUUGCCUUAGAAGCAGAGACAGCGGCAUCGUCUGCUCCUGCUCUGCCUGCACGUCCUCCAGCUGCUCCGAUUGCGCCAGCUCCAGUUGCGCGAGCUCCGGUACCCCCAGCUCCAGUUGCGCGAGCUCCGGUACCACCAGCUCCAGUAGCGCGAGCUCCGGUACCACCAGCUCCAGUUGCGCGAGCUCCAGCUCCGCCAGCCCCAGUUGCGCGAGCUCCUGCUCCACCAGCAUCAGUUGCGCGAGCACCGGCUCCGCCAGCUUCAACCGAAGAGAGGAAAAAAGCAGAGAUAAGAAAAGUACUGAUCCGACGUCGGAACGCUUAUGUUGAGAAUGGAAAGGCUGCUGUAGCUUGCGAUGAUAAAACCGCUGCUAUGCAAUAUGUGGAAGUUUCUAAGAUGUUCGACGAGGCGCUGAAACUUUUGGAAACAGCAUCAGCUGAUGAUUUGGAUUUAAAUGAAGCUCCCCCAUCACCUCAACCUUACAGGAGGAAGGUUGUUCCGAAAUCUUUCGUAGAAGGAUUACAGUAUAGGAGAGAAUUGUAUGUAGCCAUGGUUGAAAAGGCUAAGAACGCUGGAGAUCAACGUAAAACGAGAAUGUACUCGAGAUCAGUGGCUGAGUACGAUGAAGCUAUUGGGCUCGCUAAAAGUGGAGGCACUGUUAAUAUCUCGGAAUUACCCAGCUUACCUAAUAUGGCACCACUUCCGCCCCAGAAGUCUUCUCAAACUCAGCUACCUAAGCCUGCUGAGCCUUCUCAUUCAACAGCUCCCAACAAAUCGCCUUCUCCUAAGCCAGUGGCUGGCCCACCGGCAGGAAUUAAACCACCUCCAGCCGUUGGUCCAUUAGCAGAUUCCGGAGAACCAGGAAAGUCGAGAAAUCAGACACAGUUAGAAUUUCUGCUGACCCGUCAAAACCAAUUCAAACAGGCAGCAAUAGCUGCAAAGAAAAGCGGGAACACAGAGCUCGCUCGAGAGUAUCUCAUAGAAUCAAAGGGUUUCGAAAAAAUGAUAAAUCGAGCAAAAGCUGGUUUGCCGGUAACUAUCAGAGAUACCCCGAUUCCUCCUCAAGCUCGAACUGGGCAAGCUUCUCUGCAACCGAGAAUUGUCGCAUCUAAUAACAGCAUCACUGGAUUAGAAGGUCGGGGUGAAGUACUGGCUAUGUUAGAAUCUACGUUGAUUGAACAAAUCAAGUUUGCGGAAACAAAUAGAAUGAGAUUCACACGACUAGGUGAUGUUGGAAAAGUGAAUAUGUUCGAAAAUUGGGCUAAAAUAUCGAAAACUGAUCUUCUGCUUGUGCGAGAAGUUGCCAAACAAGGACUGCAAAUCCCGGGAUUCCGUUAUGAGAUUAGAGAUGUACCAACAGCUGAUUUAUUCCCAGAUCUCGCUGAAGAUGUCUUAGAGUUGACCAUUGCAGAAUGCAGAGAUGUACCGCUGCCCAGUGGAUACGAGACAAAACAUGCUUCUCUCUUUGUGAAAUAUUCUUUCCCUUAUCCCACUGAAACACCUCAAAUGGGUAAAACUAAGACUGUAAAUGAUACGGUUUCUCCAGUUUUCGAUGAGAAACUGAUGAUCCAGAUAGGGGAAAGACGAGCCCGAGGACAGCGUUUACUGCGCUCUCUAAAAAGAGCUGCUUUGAAAUUGGAGGUGUAUCAAAAGGGUAGCUUCCUACGCAGUGAUAAACUACUAGGUGUAUGCGAAUUUAAACUUGAUGUCUUAGAAGGAAAGGCAGAAGUAGAGGAAUCAGCGCCUCUUAAAGAAGGCCGUAAAGCAGUUGGAGGACUUAUCAGUUUCAAAGUGCGAAUCCGGGAGCCUCUGGGUGACACAAAGGUUCUGGUAGCAAAGCAGAAAUGGCUUAUGUUGCUCAACUAA